AUGGCUCCAUCACUGUUAGCAAACCUUGACAGUGCACAAGAAAUCACGAAAUUUGUGAUAAAUGAAGGCCAUGGAGUCAAAGGCCUUGCAGACAUGGGAAUUCAGACUCUGCCUAAGCAAUUCAUUCAGCCACCCAGAGAAAGAAUUGCUACAAGCAAGUUAGCGUCUCAACUUUUCAUCCCAGUUAUUGAUAUGUCAAAUUCGAACGAGCAAAAGGUGGUGGACAUGAUGGUGGAUGCAGCACAAAUGUGGGGUUUUUUCCAAAUUAUCAAUCAUGGGAUCCCUACCGAGGUAUUCGAGAAUGUGAAGAGUGCAACUCAGAGGUUUUUUGAGUUGCCAGCUGAAGAGAAGAGAAAGUACCUGAAGGAGUACUCUGCCUCGAAUUGUGUCCGGUUUGGAACAAGCUUUACUCCCCACGAAGAGAAGGCUUUUGAGUGGAAAGAUUAUCUCAGUCUCUUCUAUGUUUCUGAAGAUGAAGCUGCUGCACUUUGGCCUCCUGCUUGCAGGGAUGAAGCACUUGAGUUCCUUAGAAUGUCUGAAUCUGUGAUCAGGAGACUCUUGGAGGCACUGAUGAAAGGUUUGAAUGUCAAAGAGAUUGACAGAGAAAAAGAACUAAUGCUAAUGGGUUCAAAGAGGAUAAACCUUAACUAUUACCCUAUAUGUCCAAACCCCGAACUCACCAUAGGAGUAGGGCGCCAUUCAGACGUCUCAACACUGACUAUCCUUCUCCAAGAUCACAUUGGAGGACUCUACGUCCGAAAACAGGAUGAUGACACCUGGAUUCAUGUCCCGCCAAUCCCGGGAGCUCUGGUGAUUAAUAUUGGAGAUGCACUUCAGAUUAUGAGCAAUGGGAGAUACAAGAGUGUUGAGCACCGUGUGGUUGCUAAUGAGAGCAAGAACAGGGUCUCAGUGCCAAUAUUUGUCAAUCCUAGGCCUAAUGAUGUUAUUGGUCCUUUGCAGGAAGUGUUAGACAGCGGCGAGAAACCAAUGUACAAGAAAGUUCUUUACUCGGACUAUGUGAAGCAUUUCUUUAGGAAAGCUCAUGAUGGGAAGGAAACAGUUGAAUUUGCAAAAAUAUGA